ACCUUUUUAAAUAUUUCAUUGAUUUUAAAACAACACUUUCUUUUAUAUAGAAGAUUCAAGUAAAAUUUCAUUGGAUAGUCGUCUACAUAUAGACUUAUUUUCUUUUGAGGAAACAUUCAUUGUCUAUAUACUCAUUGAUGAUUCGCUCUUAUUUUGACAAUGACCGUCAAGAGAAAAUGUUCAUAUAUAUAUAUAUAUAUAUUUUUAUAUCUAUUAGUUACUCUGUCAGACGCGUCAAAUAAACAAUGACUUGUUUAUCAAACACAAGUAUGUUUAUUUUUAGCAAUUUCAAUAAUUUGUUUUAUUCUUUUAUAUAGAAAAUAUUGUCGAAUUGCUCAAUUUACCAGAUGAGAUGAUUUUAUCUAUUAUGAAUAAAGUGAAACCUCGUGAACUAUUAUUAUAUUCUAUAAUAGGAAUCGGAAAUAAUCGUUUGGAACAACUUGCUCUUGAUCAAUGUCAUUCGAUUGAUCUUACAUUCGAUUAUUGUCAUUCACCACAUGAGAUUAUUAUUAAACAAUUGAUUUCGUCUACUUUUGUUUGUAUUUUUAAUUCUAUUGAAUCACUUUCAAUCAAUGUUAAACAUCUACCACGUCUUGUUCACAUGGCUAAAACAAUUGAUGAUAAAAAUUGUCUCAAUUUAAAAUAUUUGAAAAUAAUGGCAGGUCGUUUCUAUUCUAAUACAGGAACACCUUAUACAAUAGACAGUUAUUAUGAUAAUCAGUUACGGAAUUUUCCUUUAUUCUCAAUUGUGCCUCAACUUUUCUAUCUUGAUACAAUUAAUGAUCGACUUGUAUCAUUCUUUCGUUUUUCACCAAUUAUCCGUUCAAUUAUCUUCUUCGAAUUUGAUCCUGAUUGUGGUUUAUCGAUUCGAUCUGGUGACGAAGGAUUGUUUUUCUCUCAAUCACCUAAUAUUACUCAUAUCAAUAUUACAUUACGUCAAUUCGACGAUUGUAUUUGUUUAUUAAAUCAAUUAGGAUCACAAUUAUAUUCAUUCACUGUGACCAUUAUUCAUGUUCGUCUAUCUAAAGAACUAAAUAAACAAAUAACAUUGAUAUCCUGUCCUAAUUUGAAACAAUUAAAAAUGACCAUGUAUCGGAAUAUUACUCUCUAUGAACAAUGUAUUAUUCCACUUUUACAACGUUUCACAAGUAUAGAACAUUUGACAUUGUUAUUGGCUAUUGGCGUAAAUGGAAUUGGACCAGAUCACUUUAUUGAUGGAUUAGAUUUAGAAAGAGAUAUUGUUUUAUAUAUGCCUCAUCUACGUCAAUUUUAUUUUCAUAUUCGUUCAAUUUUACAAUAUUCUCCUCAUAUAGAAUUAGAUACAAUUCGUCAAAGCUUUUUUCGACAACAACAACCUAUUGAUUGUGCACUCGACUAUUUCAGUAAUCAAUAUGGUCAAUGUCAGAUCUAUUCUCUUCCGUUUAUCGGUACUCGUCUCGAUUUUAUUUCUAAUAAAUUUCCGCUAUUCGAUGUCGAAAAAAGAUUCUUAAAUGUUACUAUGUUAUUGCUUUUCGAUGAUGUAAAACCUUUCGAAAAUGUUUUCUUUGAACGUGUCACACGAGCUUUACCUCGUCUUAAAACGCUUGAAGUAUUUAAUCAACUUGAACAAGAGGAAAAAUCUAAUAUGACAAUAAAUUCUAUUGAAUUUCCUCAUUUAUCAUCGCUUAUUUUACAUGAUAUACAUAUGAAUUAUGCUGAACAACUUGUUUGUCGAACGCGUCUUCCAUGUUUAGUCGAACUUGUUAUUCGUAAUGAUGCAUUAUUAACAAUAAUUAAUCAAGAUCAACAACAAGCUAAAAACAAUUGUUCAAAAGUUGAAACACUUGUAAUUGUUGAACCAUGGAUCAAGCCAUCAACUGUUCAUUUAAGUUUUUUUCCAAAUUUAUUACUAAAAUUUUUUGAUAUAGUGUAG